UUGCUGUCAAUGUCAAUUUACCCAGCUGAUUUUUCAGUCGAGAAAAGUAAAUAAUUUCAUUGUAAUUUUUUAAACCAAAAGUGCUCAAUGUUCACUUGUUCAGUGGCCACAGUAGAGUGAUACUGCAGACUUAUCAAUAUUAUUACACUGUAAUGGCGUUAAGGAGAUCAGUUCUCACAUUAAUUGGCUCUAAGAAAGCAUCUCUAAGGGUGUGUGGAGCCAAACAUUUUAGCACACAGACGGAGCCGAAAGAAGACGACAAACGAAAAACCCAUUUUGGUUUUGAAACUGUAAAUGAAGACGAAAAAACAAAAAAAGUGCAUCAAGUGUUUGAGACUGUGGCUGACAAGUAUGACCUGAUGAACGAUGUGAUGUCACUAGGAGUGCACCGAGUGUGGAAGGACAUCUUCAUGAUGAGACUGGCUCCCACACCCGGAACUAAGUUGCUAGACAUGGCUGGAGGAACUGGUGACAUAUCAUUCAGAUAUCUGAACUACCUCAAAAACAAAGAUUUAUCAGCAAGUGACAAGCCCAGCAGUGUCACAGUGUGUGACAUCAACCAACAUAUGCUGGAUGUGGGCAAAGCCAGGGCGGAAAGGCAAGGCUACAGCAAGGAGCCGUCCGUCCACAUGGAGUGGCUGUGCGCCGACGCGGAGCGCCUGCCGCUGGCCGACGACACCUACAGCGCGUACACCGUGUCCUUCGGCAUCAGGAACUGCACGCGUGUGGACAAGGUGUUAGAAGAAGCGUAUCGCGUCCUGCAGCCGGGCGGCCGGUUCCUGUGCCUGGAGUUCAGCCAACUGCCCAACAGUACUAUGCAAUGGAUGUAUGACCAGUACUCGUUCCAGAUGAUCCCAGUGAUGGGCCAGCUGAUAGCGGGCCAGUGGAAGCCCUACAAGUAUCUAGUCGAGAGCAUACGCCAGUUUCCUGAUCAGGAGAAAUUCAAAUCAAUGAUUGAAGAAGCUGGCUUUAGACAAGUGACGUAUGAAAAUCUGACAUUUGGUAUUUGUGCUAUUCAUUCGGGAUUUAAACUGUAAUGACCUCUGUGAGGUUUUAAAUGACACUAAAACACAUUAUGAGCUAAUAUAUUUUAAUUAUAAAAAGUUCUGUAAUAAGCAGGGUUAAGAUACAGAGGUAUUUCUAUUUUCUCAAGGGAUUAUGUAUAGUAUGUUUCUACAAUACUAAGAUCACAAAUAUUAAGAUCAAUUUUAAUAAAACUUUAUUAAAGAUCGAAUCAGAUUGAAUGUUAAUAAUAACUAUGUUUUCAGGAAUUGGUGCAAUUCUGUAAAUAUUCAAGUUAUAAACAAUAUAGUAUGCACCAAACUUUGAGUUCACUCUGAACAUGAGGCGUGUGGUUACGGAGUGUAAAAAAAUAUCACAGCUGUGUUAUAAUAGUUGCGCAGUUCAGUUUGCUGCACCAUUUUUUUAUUUUCUAAAAGUUAGCUCUUGACUAUAAUCUUACCUGAUGGUAAGUGAUGAUGCAAUCGAAGAUGGUAGCAGGCUAACUUGUCACUUCACUAGGAUGAAAAUCCACUCCUUUCGGUUUCUACUCAUCGUACGGUAACUGUAAAUCGCUUGGUAGGCUGGUAACGGUGGAAGCUUCCCACCAGCUAGACUCGAAUCCAGGACCUGUCUUGUAUAUCUGUCAAAACUACCAGACUAAGUUUUACCGCAUGCUUUACCAUUAAUGUCAAUUUUAUAUGGUAUGACCAAAGAUUAAAUGGAGCCAUUUGCUCACAAAGAACUUUAAAGAUGGUCACUAUAGUCUGGCAAGUUCGUUGAUGAUACUCCAAUGAUAUGCAGGCGACGGGGAAACACUGCACGGGUGUGAAAUCGUGCGUGCGGGGAAGUGAGGUGCAUUGGUAAUGGGUUUUUCAUUCAUCGUUACACGCCCCCGGCCUGCGCGGACCAUCGGGAGUGUUACGAACGAAGUUGCCAAGCUAUACAUAUUUGUGUCAGGGUUAGUUUUAGGGUAAAGAGUAAGGUAGUUACUUAUAAAUAAAACCAAGUGAAAGAUAUUUUAAAAGGGAGUUUUAUUCAAGUCCAUCUGUCGGUGUUGGAAUGCAGGUCCAGUACCUAAAUUUACACACAUAAGCUACCACAUCAAUAUUGAUACACGAUUUGACUCAACAAUCCAAAUCCUUCCUACCGUAGACUACAGAUGGUUUAUGCUGUAACAUUUUCGACAUUCAAACGAUUCUCGCGCAACUUGCUUUUAUCAUCCCAAAUAAAUUAGAGAUUAUAAUUAACGUGAAAGCUACUGUAGCAGCUUGUAUAAUAUGAAAAGUUGGAGGAUAAUCCUCUCAACAUGAUUAUUUAUAAACGCUCGCGCGACUUUUUUGUAUAUCUUAAUGUGAAAUAGAUACAGCAUAAACCUGGAAACCAGGGAGGUCCAUUAGUCUCGCUCUGCAGUCUGUUACGGCGGCUCUAACAUUUAAUACAAUUCAAAUAUUAUGAUAUAAAUAUAUAAUUAUGCAAUUUUAAAAUUCAUCUUGUACAUUUCACUUCCUUACUCUAUUUUUUUUAAUUCAAAACCCUAACACUGAAAAAUGUUAAAACCUAAUAGGUUGAUUCACAUUAUAGUGCCAAUAUGAGUUGCAAAACAAAAUCUUUGACGAUUUCAGCACAAUUGCCAUUUUCACCCUAUUUAU